CUUUCUCCCCGCGCAUCGCAUCUCUUCCUCCUCUUUUACCCUCACACCAUCGUCUCAAAUAAUCCUAAUGGCUAUUCCAGAUGGUACAGAGGCAGCUUCGCCUCUCUAUCGUCCUGUCAAACCACUACCCUUCGAGCUGGUUGAGCACUCCGGCAUUUUCCUCGAAGAGAAGCUAUAUACACAAGCCCUCAACUUCCUAUUAGAAAUUCUUACCGCUGGCACUAUCGCCUCUACCCCAGCCUUUGUUCCGCCUCCUCAGCACUUACAUGUUGCCGCGACCAUCCUUAUCCACCCCUCGACGACCACCCGCGCAAAGACAGCCGAGGAGGAAGAAGCCCCUAAUGCUGCCCUCCGUCUCCUCCGCCUAACAAACGCUCUCGCUGGGCCCAAGGCUGCCAAUUUUGGGCUCGCAUUCUCCUUCACCCACUUCGAGACAUCCCGCCAUGGCCGGCGACGUCGCGGUGCAGACGACGCUCCUGCCUCCCCCAACACAGUCACAGAAGAGACAAUGACGCCGCUGAAUCUCGACCUGGGUAAGACACAAUCUAUAUGGUCCCGUGCGGAGGACUUUUGGCACGCUGUAGGCUGGGCAUUCAAUUGCUCUGUCCUACAUCACGAGCGAUGGGAACAUUGGCGGAUUUGGCUCGAAUUCAUGUGCGAGGUGCUCGAAAGUGACUGGAACGAGCGCCGUAGGCAGUGGACAGAGAUCAAGGAAUCUAGCACGAGUACCAGUGAUGUCGACGUCAGAAAACGCAGUACCAAACCCAAGAAAAAUGAUACGGCCGAUCAGAUACUCAAGGACAGUCUCAUCUGCCGCUACAUCGAGGGCGGCAGCGCCGUCUACGGCCGUAAUCGCCGAAUUGUGAGGUCCAUCUUUGCCGAUGGGGGAAUCACCUGCUCCAAUGAGUUCCGCGAAGUCUUCGAGAACGAGCUCAAGAAAGGCAAAAAGCACAGUGCCAAUAGUAAGAAGCGCGGGAUGCAGGUCAACAUUGACGCAGAGCAAUACGGGGACUAUCUGACCGACGAUGAGGACGACGAGGAUAGUAUCGAUGUCGAAGAUUCCACCACGACAAACGAUAACGACGUUGACAUCUUGCCACGAACUCCGCAAACACGCGGUCGCGGUCGUGGUCGUGGCCGCGGCGGCACAGGGACUCCGCGAGGUGGUGGUGUUGCCCUCCGGCAGUCAAAGCGACCCCGACGAGGCACUCGUCCCCAAGGCACUCACUCAGAGCCUACCAUCUUCACCACCCCAGCGAACCUCAUGACACCUGCCAACUACGGUACACCAACUGGGACGUUCAAAUACUCCGAUCCCACCUCUCAACGCUAUGGACCAGAUAACCAAAUCCCUCCGGAGCACUUAGCCACCAUGCACGCCGACCCCUGCACCCUCGGCGGCAUGCGCUCCCUCACCCUCCGCCAGCGCCUCCUCCACCUUCUCUCGACUGUCUCAGAGACCAUCCCAGAACACUUCACCUCCCUUGAAGAGCUGUACCACCUCUUCGCCGAGAACAUCCGUCACCUCCCGCUCCCCUCCUACCAAGCCUUCAUCAGCCCCACCGCCCUCCCGCACUUCACCCCAGCGGCUCUGACCACCCUCUGCGAGUACCUGCUAUUCCGCAUGCGCGAGUCCGCCGCCCCCGACACAGACGACGAAUACCUCAGCCAAGCCAAGCUGGAACACUGCUUCCUGCCCUACGCCGCCAACACGAACUCCUCGGCCGACAACGCCAAAAUCUCAAUCACGCUGGAGACACUAAUCAUCCUCCUCGCCGACAACGACAUGCUAACCGUGACGCCGACGCUGAAAGAGGCCGUCGGGACGGGGAUCAUGGCCCGCGAGGGACGCCCGACCCAUGACGGGCGCAAAAAGAGGGAGGCUGACCGGCACGCAGGCGACAUCGAGUGGGCGUGGCUGCUGGAGAGCGGGCGGAGAUUGUGGUUGCUGGUCGACGAGAUCAUCCCGCUCACGCAGGGGAAUGAGGAGCAUGGCAUGACGGUAGCUUCGAUUUGA